CGUCUACGGAGAUCAACGGCUAGAAUUUUGUGCAUGUUUUGGUGGCGAUGGAAAUAUAUUAUGCUCAUUAAUUUGUGAUUGUUUUCUCUUUAGUUGGACAACCUUUACUUCUAUGGUACAUUUUACACCUUAGUAUAUAGAAUCAAGUUGAUUUAAGUGCAGAAUGACAGUUGAUGAUGACAAGCCAGUACAUCUGCAUGUUAAUAGGAACACCCCAGUCCAUGUACACCUUAAGAAGAAAAAGAACAAAAAUAAAGGGGCUCCAACUGCUGUAGAGGAUCGUAUACGAAUAAGAGAUAAAAGAAUGACAGGAAUUCUUAGCAAAGUUCCUUUGGGAAGGUCCAGAAAAGGAAAUAAAUCAGUAUCACCGCCGUUUAUUCCUGCACCAGCAAGAACAACAAAAGGAUCACUUAGGUGGGAGAACAAAACUCAUUCACUGGAGGUCAGUCCACCAAGCAGAAAUAGCAAUUUAAAAAUAGAUGAGCUUUCAUCAUCUGAGGAAGACAUGGUGAAUGGAAGAAUGAGAAAUUAUGAAAACAAAAUCACAAGUUUGAUGUCUGAAGUUGGAACACUUAAAAAUGAAGUUGAUUUACAACGAUCACUACGAGCUGUUGAAAAGAAAGAUGAACAAAUUGCAGCCUCAAGAAAAAUAUUGGAGGACCAACAGCGUGAGCUCAGUGAUUUUAGGAAAGAGUUGAAAUCAACUGUCAAAGAAAAUGAAAUUCUCAGACAUUCCUUAUCAAAAGCCAAAGAAGAUGCUGAUGUUUCAAGAAGUGAACUUCAUCUAGCAGAAGAUGACAAGAGUACUCUUCUCAAAAAACUUGUUGAAGCAGAAAUGGAUGGAAAAGCUGCUGGUGAACAAGUUGUGAAACUAAGGGAGGCUGUAAGAAAGCUUAAACAGGACAAAAAGUUAUCAGCAGCAGAUUCAGCAUUGCUGACAAGACAACGUGAAGCAAUGUUACAAAAGCUGGAAGAAUUUGAAAGAACAAACAAGUCGCUGAGAAGAAUGCUUCGCGAUGCACAACAAAAAGAGGAGGAAGAAUUACAACUGCGACAACAACAAGAACUCCUGUUAAGAAAGCUCACUGAUUCUGAAGACAGAAACGAGAAAUUCCAACUAGAGAUUAUGGAACGUGACCGGCAAAUUGAGACUCUCUUGACACAAGUAGAAGCAGAUAAGGAUCAAGCUAUGGCUUUUGAAGACUUGAAGAAAACUAUGGAAACUACAAGAGCUCAUCUACAAAACCAGUACCGAUCCAAAGAAAUGGAGAACAAUCGACUUCAAGUGCAAAUUAGGAGCCUUGAAGAACAGCUAGAACAGAGCCGUGUAGAGGUUGAACACCUAGAGGGUCUUUUUACAGCAUCACGUGACAAAACAGGGAGAGAAAAAGAAGCCCUCAAAAAAGCUGCCAGGGUCCAAAAAGAUCGAGUUUUAGACAGAGAAAAGGAAUUGGAAUCAAUGAGACAAAAACUCAAUGAUAAAGAGUUAGAUUUAUUAGAAAAUCGACGGAAUGAAGCUGCAGCUCGCCAAGAAAAGGAAACAUUAGAAGCUGAUAAUGCGACAUUACGAAACCGAAUAAAAGAGCUUCAAGAGAUAAUAGAGAAUACAGAAAAGGCUUCACAGAGCAACACUGAGUUGAUGACCAGUAAAUUAAGUACAAAGACACAAGAAGUGAAUGCCAUAAGAACCGAAAACGAGCAACUGAGGGCCGACAUCGUAGCUUUAGAAGAACGACUACACGAAGAAGAACAGAAAGCGCUCAAUAAGAUUGACAAAUACCGUCGAGAAGCCGAGGAAACAAGAAGUCGAAUGUACGACGUCGAGCAGGAUUCACAGCGGUUACACCAAGAAACAAUGAUGGAAACUGAAAAACAAAAACUCAAGAUGCAGCAACGCUUGUCUGAACUGGAGCCACUCGCUGAUCUUUUGAAAUCCACUGAGUUACGCCUUCAAGAUUCACAAGACAGACUGCUGACCUACGAACGACGGGCCAGCGAACACACGAAGCUUAUUGCUGAGUUGACGCAAAAGGUCGAAAUGCAGACAGAUCAGCUCGAGCAUAUGCGAGAAAAAUUUCGCACAACUCAAGACGAACUUCGUGGCAAACAAACAAAGACUGAAUAUCUUGAGAAGAAAAACAAAGAAUCCGAGCAGCAAAAUCGCGAACUGAUAGGAGUGCUGGGGAAAAAAGAUGAAAACUUGGAGCACAAUCAGCAACGGCUAGAAGAUCUUAGGGCUGAGAACAUGCGCUUGACGUCACAGCUGGAGUCUUCGCUAUCCGAAGCRAGAAGACAAGCAGAGCUACAACGAGAGAAAAAUGUUGCGAAGGAACGAGCAGCUCAGGCGAGAAUCGUUGACUUGGAAACGCAAUUGAGUCGUGCUACAGCCAGUGCGGCAUCUAUGAAAAGAGCUAAGGACGAGGCUGAACGAAGAUUCAACUCGAAGUUACACGACAUGAAAGAUCGCUUAGAACAAGCAAACAGUACAACACGUAGCAUGCAGAACUACGUAGCUUUCCUGAAAUCUUCCUACUCAGACGUUUUCGACGAACUGGAAUCCCCUCGAUAGCACAACAAAACCUUUAUAUAUACUCUAUUUUAUUUUUUUUACAUCAUAUAUGUGUUAGAUUUCUUAAAUUCAAUCAAACAAUCUUGAUCUAAUGACCCAUAUAUCUUUUCUAUCACUAUCUAUUAUCAGUAACUCAAGUCUGAUUUUCUGGACUUUUCAUCUGAUGUUCAUAAAUUAUAUUUGAUGUAUAGCGAUUGUUUUAUAUAAUAGAUAAAAAAACUCUCGAGCUGCGAAUAAA